AUUUUUAAUAAUAAUAAGGUUUUAGAACUAAAAUUCACAACAAUGACGUAUAAGUUGGGAGAGAAUGCCUCAUCCAGGAAGAGGGCAGAAGCAAGGACUGUUACACUGUGACAGGUCAGGAGGUGUGUGAUAAUGUCCACGUGCCCCGAAAGAAAGACAGAAGAUGUAUAAUAACUGAGCUAAUAGGAGGAAUGAAAUAAUAAAAAUUAUUUAAUCCAGAAGAAGCCAAGAGAGGAAAAGAAAGGGAACCUAGAAGAGGCCAGGCAGAUAGAAAGGGUUUAAGAAGAUGAUAAUUUAAAUGCCAAUAUAUUAGUAAUUACGGGACAUGAAAUGGGCUAAAUGCUCUAGUUCAAAGGCAAAGAUUGUUGGAUGGAGUUUUAAAAUAUUACAGCCUGAGAGCCUGUCCACUGUGGGGCGUGAUGGAGGGUUGCUCAUUUGCUGCGCUGCCACUGGUCACUUGAGAAGGUUCCAGAAGUUCCAUGGCAGUUGGAGCCCCUCAGGGAAGGGAGCCGUUUGCUUUACUGGUCUGGGAAAGAGCUGCCCAUCAGUUUGUCCUGCUUGAGACUGGAGCAGCCGUUUGCCGUCAGGUGACCGCGGGUGGUGUAAGGAAACGUCAAGAUGACGAUUACACCAGAUGUCAGACUAGAGUAUUUGGAGGGAAUAGCUUCUCUCAUCCUGAAGUUCAAGCCGGACAAGUGGAGCAGGAUGAUUGGAAUGGAAGAGAACGUGGCCUUGUUCACCGAGUUCUUCGAGAAGCCGGAAGUCUCGGUCCUGGUGAUGACGCUCCAUCCCUCGGGCAUGAUCCUUCCCUGCCUGGGCUUCCCAGCGUCGCUCAAGUCCAAAGGAGUUUACUUCAUCAAGAAGAAACCUGAAAACAUCAGCAAGAGCGACUACAAGGACCGUUUCAUCUACGGGGACAUAAGCCCGGCACCUGUGGACCAGCUGAUUGCGAUCGUGGAGGAGGUCCUCUACUCUCUGUUGAACCAAAGUGAAAACAUGAGCGGAUGGCCCCGGGUGGUCUCCGAAGACAUUGUGAAGCAAGUCCACAAGCUGAAGAACGAAAUGUUCGUGAUGGGGGGCAAGAUCCGAGGGAAGACCCUGCUCCCCGUUCCAGAGCACCUGCGGAGCCUGCACGGCACGCGGGAGUCCAUGGAGAGGAUUCCCGCUUCCCUGGACAGCUCGCUGCUGCACGCCAUCGAAACCAUCAUCAUCGACUGGUCCCACCAGAUCAGAGACGUGCUGAGCAAGGACUCAGCCCAGGCCCUGCUGGACGGGCUGCACCCCCUGCCCCGAGUGGAGUUCGAGUUCUGGGACGCCCGGCUCAUGAACCUGCAGUGCAUCCAUGAGCAGCUAAAUAGGCCCAAAGUGAACAAAAUAGUUGAGAUCCUGGAAAAAGCCAAAAGCUGCUACUGGCCAGCCCUGCAGAACGUGUAUAUGAACAUCACUGAAGGGCUGAAGGAAGCCAACGAUAUUGUUCUGUAUCUGAAGCCGCUGCGGAUCUUGUUGGAGGAGAUGGAGCAGGCCGACUUCACGGUGCUCCCGACCUUCAUUGCCAAGGUGCUGUACACCAUCUGCUUUAUCUGGGCCACCUCCGAGCACUAUAACACACCCUCCAGGAUCAUCGUCAUCCUUCAGGAGUUCUGCAACCAGAUCAUCGAGAUGACACGAACUUUCCUGAGCCCAGACGAGGUGCUGAAAGGCCUGCAAGGGGAAAUCGAGGAGGUUCUGAGCGGCAUCUCCCUGGCUGUGAAUGUUCUCAAGGAGCUCUACCGCAUCUAUGACUUCUGCUGCGCCAACAUGAAGCUCUUCUUUAAGAAAAACAAGGAGCCGGUGCCUUGGGAAUUCCCUUCUUCCCUUGCAUUUUCCAGGAUGAAUUCCUUCUUCCAUCGCCUCCAGACCAUUGAGGACCUUUAUAAAACAGCUAUUGAGUUUCUGAAGCUAGAGAAAAUCGAGCUUGGGGGCGUGAGGGGGAACAUCCUGGGAAGCCUGGUCACGCACAUCUACGAUGAGGUCUUCGAGCUGGUGAAGGUUUUUGCUGACUGCAAAUAUGACCCCUUGGACCCUGGCGAUUUGAGUUUUGAUGACGAUUACGCUGAUUUUGAGACCAAAAUUCAAGAUCUGGAUAGGCGGCUGGCCACGAUCUUUUGCCAAGCGUUUGACGACUGCGGCUCCAUUGAGUCCUGCUCAAAGCUCCUGUACAUGUGUGGGGGCCUCUUGGAGCGGCCUCUGAUUCUUGCCGAGGUGGUACCCAGGUACUCAGUCAUGCUGGAGCUGUUUGAUGCUGAGCUGGACAACACCAAGAUCUUGUAUGAUGCCCAGAUUGCAGCCUCUGCAAAUGGGAAUAUACCCCCAAUCCACAAAAACAUGCCCGCAGUGGCCGGGCAGCUCAAAUGGAGCCUAGAGCUGCAGGAGAGGCUGGAGGCCCCCAUGAAGGACCUAAAGCAUGUAGAGCACCCGGUCAUGUCCAGCGUGGAGGCCAAGCUGACCUACCAGAAAUACGACGAGAUGAUGGAGCUGCUGAGAAGCUACCGAGAGAAGAUCUACCAGCAGUGGGUGGCAGGAGUGGACAAAGAUUGCCACUUCAACCUGGGGCAGCCCCUGAUACAGAGGGACCCCAUCACAAACCUCAUCCAGGUCAACUUCAGCAAAGCGGUGGGUGCUGUCUUGCCGCCGCGUCGGGGUCCCGGGUUCCACUGCAGGUGGGGGUGGGAGAAGCCCGAAGCCGCUGAGGCCACUCCCCUUCUGCCAAGUGUUCUUGGGGGAUCGAUGCUUAUGUCCUGGUUAGCUAAAGCUUUAUUAUUUAAGUAUUUUGAAAAGUAUGUCCAGGAUAUUUUUAAGAUAUGAGACAAAAUACCUUGGAAAUGGCUUCAAUAAUUACAUGAUUUUAAAGCUUGGCUACCUUUCCUGGACUCCCAAGAGGGAACAUCAAUUUGAGAAUUUACAAAAGAAAGGAAAAAAAAAAGGUCUUUGCAGCAUCUGAACAAACAGGACACCUGGUCACGUCGGGCAAGCUGGAGAGAAUUGGUAGUGUGGGCUGGGCCCGGAGAGUUUAGAUGGGCACCAAGGACCAAAGCAGAGCAGCCUUCUG